AUGUGCCAGAGGGUGGAACUAAACCCCCCCCGGUCUCCCACUCACUUUAAAGUGAAGGCUCAGGUCCGGGUGUGUGAGAUGUGGACGGCGGGCUGCAUGGAGGAGGUUUGCGAGGGGAGCACCAGCCCGGAGAGGAGCUUCGUGGUGGGCUGGCCCACCUGCAACUCGGUGGCCACCUUCAGCUCUGAGGAUCUCAAGGACAAAUGGCUGGCGCUCAUCAGCAGUCGGAUAGCUGACGGAAAGCAGAGGGACGACCCCCAGACCGUCCCUCUGAAGAUUUUUGCCAAGGACAUCGGAAACUGCGCAUACGCCAAGACGCUGGCGGUCAGCAACACGGACAGCACCACUGACGUCAUCCACAUGGCUCUGCAGCAGUUCGGCAUAUCGGGUUGCGUAAAAGACCACCGGCUGUGGGUGAGCUCCUGUAAGGACGACCCUCCUUAUCCUCUCAUCGGCCACGAGUUCCCCUUCAGCAUCAAGAUGAGCCACAUCCGGGACGGCGGCAGCAGCCCCGGUGGUGGACAGGGCGGGGGGGCGGCGGGCAGGGAGCUGGCCAGUCCCAGCGACUGCCCGGGGGUCCUGCUGCUGGACCAGUGUCUGCCCCCCGAAACCCAGUGCCAGUUCAUCCUCAGACCCAACAAGGCCGUCCUCACCCCCCCUCAGCUCCUAGAUGGGUUCCAGCGGGAGCUCAUAUCAAAAUAA